UAUUACUGCCCUCAUCUGAUCUGGGUAACAUAUUUCUGAGCUCAGUAGAACUGUUAAAAAAAGGCAGAAAUGCACAAACUCUUCUCACAAAACAACAUACAAAUGCUUAUAUUUUGGAGCGGAGGCAAUACAUGGUAUAUUUUUUAAAGUGAAAAAAACAAUCAGACACAUGGUAUUGAGUGAUAGCAAAGCUGGGUGACCACAGAAAAUACCUCCUGCUUUAAAUACUUUAUACCUGGGCUGUCAAUCCUCGGAGUUCCUCCCAAUGUAAUGUCUGAGGAAGAAGUAUUGCAGCUAAAUUUUAAGGGUUUCUUGUACGAAACAGGGACAAUCAGAGAUUAAGAAACUCUAUGUGGAAAAGGCCAUGCGCAUUUUGUUAUGUGAUUCAACAAAUAAGAUGAGGAGGCAAAGUCAUGGUUCUGUUCUAAUUAACAAAUCUACUAUGGGGGCCGUUGCUCCCUAUUGUCCACGCUCCUUUUCUUCAUUUCUCUCCUGCAGGAUAUCUUGUCUUUUGAUUCUUCAUUUUAGGUCUUAUAAAUAUCACGUGGUUCAGGCCUCCAAUGUCAAAUUAUCAUUACGUGGAACUCUCUUAGAUGCUUGAGAAAAGUUAGCUCUUACCUGUCCAUAGAAGCUCCAAGGAAGCGAGAAUAGUAGAUACUUUGGUUGGCCAUGGCCACUGGUGUUUCUGUUGAGAACAUAAACCCCAAGGUUUUACGAUGUGAAUAUGCAGUUCGUGGAGAGGUUGCCAUCCAUGCUCAGCACCUACAACAGCAGCUACAGACACAACCUGGUUCUCUUCCAUUUGAUGAGAUCGUGUAUUGCAACAUCGGGAACCCUCAGUCCUUGGGUCAAAAACCAAUCACAUUCUUCAGGGAGGUUCUUGCACUUUGCAAUCAUCCAAAUCUGCUGGAGAGAGAGGAAAUUAAAUCAUUGUUCAGCACUGAUGCUAUUGCUCGGGCAAAGAAAAUUCUUUCCAUGAUUCCUGGAAGAGCCACCGGGGCAUAUAGUCAUAGCCAGGGUAUCAAGGGACUGCGUGAUGAGAUUGCUGCUGGGAUUGCCUCCCGUGAUGGUUUCCCUGCAAAUGCAGAUGAUAUAUUCCUAACUAAUGGAGCAAGUCCUGGUGUACACAUGAUGAUGCAGUUGCUGAUAAGGAACAACAGAGAUGGCAUUAUGUGUCCAAUUCCUCAAUACUCAUUGUACUCAGCAUCCCUAGCACUUCAUGGCGGAGCUCUUGUGCCAUAUUAUCUUGAUGAAUCCUCAGGAUGGGGUUUGGAGGUUUCUAAGCUUAAGAAUCAACUUGAAGAUGCCAGGUCAAAAGGCAUAACUGUUAGGGCGUUGGUGGUGAUCAAUCCUGGAAAUCCUACUGGACAGAUUCUUGAUGAGCAACAGCAAUAUGAGCUAGUAAAGUUCUGCAAGGACGAGGAACUUGUUCUUCUGGCGGAUGAGGUAUACCAAGAGAACAUUUAUGUUACCAACAAGAAGAUCAACUCUUUCAAGAAGAUAGCAAGAUCCAUGGGAUACAAUGGAGACGAUUUACAAUUAGUAUCAUUGCAUUCUGUUUCUAAAGGAUAUUACGGAGAGUGUGGCAAGAGAGGCGGUUACAUGGAGGUCACUGGCUUCAGCACUCCAGUUAGAGAACAACUCUACAAAAUUGCAUCUGUUAACUUGUGUUCAAAUAUCACCGGCCAGAUCCUUGCGAGCCUCAUAAUGGAUCCACCAAAGGCUGGGGACGCAUCUUAUGACCUCUACGAGGAAGAGAAAGACAACAUCCUAAAAUCUUUAUCUCGUCGUGCAAAGGCAAUGGAGUCUGCAUUUAACAGUAUUGAUGGAAUUACAUGCAACAAGACGGAAGGGGCGAUGUAUCUGUUCCCACGGAUUUAUCUACCACAGAAGGCAAUUGAGGCUGCCAGGGCUGUCAACAAAGCACCUGAUGUAUUCUACGCUCUACGUCUUCUUGAUACCACCGGCAUCGUUGUGACUCCUGGAUCUGGUUUUGGACAAGUUGCAGGGACAUGGCACGUGAGAUGCACGAUCCUGCCGCAGGAGGAGAAGAUACCUUCGAUGAUCUCCCGCUUCAGGGAAUUCCAUGAGGAGUUCAUGUCACAGUAUCGCGACUGAUGGACUGAACUCAUAAGGCUUCGCCAUCCAGAAGACGAGAAAUAAAGCAAAACGCCGUUAAUCUGCGAUGUGUUAACGGAAGAUGUGCAGCAACCUUAAUCUGGAAAACUUGAGCAUACUCAGUUUGGGUCGUAAAGAAUUCACGGGCUGUUGCAUCAGUGUUUGCCCGGUACAAGGUUUGAUUGGAUUAGCACGAUGAAUGAGUGCAGGGAGACCUGCAGCUAAAUAAAUACUCCCUCCGUCCUAUAAUAUAAAGUAUUUUGAAUUUUUGAUUGCAACGUUUGACCGCUCGUCUUAUUAAAAAAAUUUAAAAUUAUUAUUUAUUUUAUUAGUGACUUACUUUAUUAUCUACAUUACUUCAAGCAUAACUUUUCGUUUUUUAUAUUUACAAAAAAAAAAUUGAAUAAGACGAGUGAUCAAACGUUGCAAGCAAAAACUCAAAAUCCCUUAUAUUGUGGGACGGAGUGUGGGACGGAGUGAGUGUUAAUGUUAGUAGUUGUGAGUUAGUGACUCGUACCUAAAAGUAAUGCUACGAAAUAAAAAUGUGUUGAGAGAGUAUCUUACAUUCAGUAAAGGUUUUCCAAUCGAGUUGGCUAUCUUGAAA